AUCAAAUAUUAUCAAGAUGGCGCAUCUUAGCAGCGAUCCUUCAUUAAAAGAAAGGUAAAAUUCGAUGUGUUCUCUUCAGUAUCUCUUCCUGAUUUCGACCUUGUUAGUUCAUUUGUAUUGAUUUUGUACGGUUUCCUAUUUCAGGUGGAUUAUAGUUUACCCGGCCUAUUUGAAUAGUCGAAGAACCGUUGAACAAGGUCGACGUGUUCCAAAAACUAAGGUACGGAAGGUUCGAUUCAAUAAACGUGGAGAAGAACACGUAGAUUAUUCUCAGUUAUACACCUAGUGGUGACUUUUCGUUUUAUCAUAUUCUUAACUUUAGCUUUAUCCUGUGAGUGGAAAAAGUCGAUAUAUUGGCCGACAAAAACAGCUGAACAGUUCGCCGAUCACAUCUGUUCCUCUAUUGUUUUAGUGUUAGUAUGACAGCGUCACUUGGUUUUUUGACUUGGACAAGGCCGAUGCGUGAAAUUAGAGCAGUUUCAAACACUUGUCUUUAUAUGUGGCUUUUUCUUUGUACUUGUAAGCAUAAUGAAAAAUAUAAUAUGAAAUUUUAAUUGUAAUAAUAAUAUUAUGCAUUAUUAGUUAAUGUUUAUUGAUAGUAGUAAACUCGCUUAUUUUAAUAAGACACAAGCAAGGUAAAAUCAGCUGAAACAGAUGCGCUCUUUAAAUUCUGUGAAAAAUGCUACUUACCUUGAAUGUAAGCAAAAAGGUUUCUCUUGAAUGGUUACAUCAACGAAGACUAGAACAUUGUUGCACCCCCAUUAUUGUUCUAUGGACUUUUCCAGUUCAAGUGGCAUUUACUCCCGUCAUUACAGUGAAGCCAAAUAUAUGAUGUUAAAAGAAUGAAAGUUAACUCUUUACUACCAUAUAAAAUUAUUAUAUAAUUUAUGGUAUUUUAAGAGAACAGGAUUUUUUGUUGUUGUUAACAUGUUCAUUUAAUGAUCUGAAGUGCUGAAUUACUGGUAAUUUGAUUAGUAUCAUUUAAUAAAUACAAUAUUUUUUAUGCAUCUACACAGGCUGCUGAUAACCCAACAGUUCAUGAAAUAAGGGAUGUCUGCCAAAGUCAAGGUCUCAACUGUGAAAUAGAGGUAAUGUUAAGUUUUUGAGCGAGCACAAAAGUCUGAUCAGGUCUUAAAGCUGCCUUGCGGUCUUCUUCAUCGAUUUGGUCUGCCUAGUAAGUUGAAGUGAAAUAUUUGGUGCAUCUGAUUUACAUCUUGUCGAUUUAAUUUUUUUUUUCUCAGAACAAAUAUUAUCCCAGAGACAGUGCUAAAGAUGCCAUGUGCAGAGGUCGGGUGAGAGUGCAACUAAAGAACAGUGACAGCAGCUUCAUCAAUGAAAAAUUUCAGUCAAGUAAGGUUAACACUUGUUAUAGUGUGUAGAUUACAUGUACAUACACUUUAAGCUUAUUAUUGCAGCCCCAUCCACUAGUUCGAUAUCAGCUUUUGUUUGCCUUUUUCUUCGGCAUACAGCCAGACUAAGUAUGUGUGGUCAUAAGUCUUUCUGUGUAGCUCAGUUGGUUAGGGUGCUGAUCUUUAGGAAGUUAUUGAUUCCAAUCCAGUCGGCAAAUCAAGUUGUUCUUAAAUUUUCAUAUUUUUCUAAACCAAUUAACUGCAAAACAGCCAUAUUUUUGUGCUGGUGAUGCACAUUUUUUUUCCACAUGAUGGAGGCUUUAUCAGGUACCCAGAAAUUGAGAAAUGGGUUUAAAAAAGGAGACACAGCUGAGUUGUUAAACUGAAAAAAAAAACAAAUCUUCUAAUGACAUCAGCUUUACACGGGUAGCACCUUCCUACGUAACAGAAGUGUUGCAACUCCACAGACCAUUAAGAAGCUUGAGAUCUGCUUCUAAGAAAGUCCUAGGAUGGGGUUAUGGCUGUCAGUCAUUCACUCAUUUGCCACACUUAAACUAUGGAACUCAUUGCCAGAACCUGCCUGCCAUCAUGAUGAUCUUACAAACUUUAAGACUGCUAUGAAGACUUACUUAUUUCAUGAGCAUUUCAGUUAAAGUACAGUAAUAAUGUAUAAUUUAUGAUGUAAAUAUUAGUAGUUGGUUUAUACAGAUUGUAGUUUUAGUAUUCUUACAUAUUUAUUUGGUUCUGAGUGUUUACUUGACUUUAUUAUUAGGAAAAGCAUUAUUUCAGUUCAUUGGUGAAAUGAUCCCAAAGUUGAAGAGUCGUCAAACCAAGUCUUCACAAAGUGAUAGUUCCAGCCAACAGCAAGGAACUGCAGCAAGCUCCAAGAAAAAGAAAGGGAAAAAAGGCAAAGGGAAAUAAUAUUAUUUAAACCAUGCAAUACAUGUAACUGUAAUUCUUAAAA